UGCAAGAGCCAAUGGGCGUCUGGAGUCAAUUGUUUGCGGAAGUUGUGAAAACCGCAAUCAACCCCGCAUGUCUGGACUACACGUUUUGCUAAUCUUGGUACUUUGACCGUAACUAAGAUCCGGCGUGGAUCACACUCUUCCGUCACCGACUGUCCCUCCAAGCGACCACUCAUUUUACCGUAUUAUCUCUCGCCAUCUCUUCAUAUCCAGUAUUUAAUCAGCUACAGCGGCCUCGGACGUCCGCUAACUGCUUCGUGGUCGCCCACAUGAGCAGCGGGCUCUCUGAGCGGCGUCGGGACCGGGUGUCGGAGGUCAACAUGAACCCACCGAAGAGGCUCCGUGCCGCAGGAAGUGGAGCGGAGACGCCGAGAGGAGAGCAAGGGGGCGAGAGGAGCGCAGUGGAUGUGAGUAUUGUCAUGCCAGUGUACAAUGCAUCCUCUUGGCUGGAUGAAUGUCUGCAGGCCAUAUUACAGCAAGACUUCAAUGGAUCCAUGGAACUGUCUGUCUAUGAUGAUGCAAGCACUGAUGACUCCAGGAAAGUGGUGGAGGGUUGGAGGGAGAGGCUGGAGGCGAGGGGCAUUGCAGUGGCGAUCUCUAGCCACAGCUCUGCCCAACCAAGAGGAGUUGGAUAUGCAAAGAAUAAGGCAAUAUCUCAGAGCUGUGGAAAAUACUUGUGCUUUCAGGAUGCGGAUGAUGUUAUGUUGCCUCAAAGAGUUCGUCUUCAGUAUGAGGCGUCUCUCCUCCGCCCAAACUCGCUGCUUGGCUGUAGAGUUCAGAGGCUUCCAGAGGGAUCUACAGAGCGUUACACUCGCUGGAUCAACACAAUUACUCAGGAUCAGCUCAUCACACAGGUAUACACAUCUCAUGGCCCCACCGUUGUCAUGCCAACAUGGUUCUGCUCAAGGAACUGGUACCUGAAGGUUGGACCAUUUGACGAGGGAGGCAAGGGAGUCCCAGAGGAUCUGCUCUUCUUCUACCAGAGUCUUCGCCAGGGAGGGGGUCUGUCCAGGGUCAACCAAUGCCUGCUAGUCUAUCGUUACCAUGAGAAGGCCACCACACACUCCGUAACAGAGCAUCUUUUUACCGAUGUCAUGGUCCCAGAUCUCAGCACAUUUACUUGGGAAACCAUUUGGAAGCUGCGAGUGGACUUCCUGCAGGAGAGAGUACUCAGCCAAUGGGAGAGCUUCACCAUAUGGAACGCUGGGAAACAGGGACGGAAGCUGUACCGAUGCCUCAGCCCGACCAAUCAGAAGAAAGUCAAAGCUUUCUGUGAUGUGGAUGAGAAAAAGAUCCAGAAAGGUUUUUACACAUAUGAGGAAUCAAAGGAAAUACCUAAGCCAAAAAUCCCAAUUCUGCACUACAAAGAUGCCUCCGCCCCCUUCAUCAUCUGUGUUAAACUGGACAUGACAGGAGGUGUUUUGGAGGAGAACCUUAACUCUUUGAAGCUGAAGGAAGGAACAGAUUACUACCAUUUCAACUGACUGCUUGGAGAGAUGGGAAGACGAGAGGAGCCCCGCAGCUUUAAUAGGCAGAGGAAAGCAGAGGAGUGGAUCACUUACUACAUACGCACAAUUUGUGGGUUAGGCAGGUAAUAACAGGAAAAGAGUGAAGUGAACACUGGAACAGAGAUGGUUUCUCUGCUUUCGCUGCCUCACCGCUGAACCACAGCACUGGAGUUCUUAGAGUUGGCUGUUUUCAUUCACUUUCUUGCUGAGAGUUAGAUUAUAAGAUUGACAUCAAUCCCAUAUCUGUCCAUCACAUAUGAAGCUACAGUCAGGAGACGUAGUUUAGCUGGAAACAGGAGAAAACAGCUAACCUGGCUCUGUCCAAGGGUAAAACAGAUAUACCUUCCACCGCCUCUAAAGCUCACUUAUUAACACGUUAUACCUUGUUUGUUUAGUACGUUAAAAAAAAAAGUAACAUUUCAUGUUUUAGGUUAAGUAUUUGCUGGACUGCAGGUGGAUUUCCAUCCAUCAUCACCACCAUCCAUAAAAACUUAAGCACAUUUUAAAUUUGCACAUAAAACAGCUGAGGGGAAAAUCUGAAAAUUCCCAAAAAUUAAAAAAUAUGAAGAAUUGUUUUCAUCUUGUCUGAGGUUAUUAAGUUGGUGUAUUGUUUAAAAACAAAGUGCGACAGAGUGCAAUGGAAACAGACUAAGUGAAUGAAUCAUGCUUUAUAUAAAGCACGCAACUUAAUCGUCCACUGAAGCCCCCACUGUACUGAAGACAGGAAAAAUAGCAGCAGACGAAACAUCAGAUCUGUGUGGACUGAUAACGUAGACUGUAACGUUUCUCACAUUAAUAGAUGAAUCAAACAGAAAUGACAUAUUUCCUUCAUGUUUUCUACAUUGUUUCUACACCAACUUUAUCUCGAUGAACCAACUCCUAAUUUUCGAAUAAAGGUAGUGGAUAUAAACGCACAUUAAUUUUCAUUUUCUUUUGCUAAUUUUUUCUCGAAAUUCCGUUACAAUUUGCACUACAUUUGGAUGGAUAGAGUUAUUUCUUACUCGGGCACUCCAGGUCACUGUUCAUUUUCAAACUUCAGUUUUUGUAAAAAAAAAAAAAAAGGAUAACAAGCUGCUGGUAGUAGCUUUAUAUUGAGCAUACAGAUAUGACAGUGGUAUCGAUCUUCUUGUCUAAUUAUCAGCAGGAAAGUGAAUAAGAACAUUUCCAAAAAUGUUGAACUAUUCCUUUUAAAAGCUUUAACAUGGGUGAUAAUAGACGCUAAUACAAGUGACCAUAACUUGAAGUGGAGAAGUGGAGCGAUGUUUUGAUAACUGAAUUACCAAGAAAAGUGUAUUUGGACCCUCAUAUUUUACAGUUAUUUAUCUUGCAAGAGGACAUGACAAUUACUGUUGUUGACCACUGA